GUUUGAGAGCCGCCAAAGGCAACAAAAACAAAGAAAUCGGCAUUAGCAUUUUGGAAGCCAAAGCGAAAAUAUUAAAUUAGAAAAUUAGAUAAAUGAGUGGCUUUCGUCGUAAUUAUUGCAGAUUUUUUCAUUGGGGUCCAAUUACCGCUCUGAGUAUCAUAAAAUGCAUAACGCUGACAACGCUCUAUAUGAACUCAAUGUGGUGGCCACCAAAUGAAUCAUUCGCCGCCUUUGCACAUCAGGGACUAUUCUUAAUGCUUUCCACAUUAGCUACAUUCAAUUACGUCAUGGCCACUCUGACAGGGCCCGGCCUGUUGCCAAAACAAUGGCAUCCAAAGGAUCCCAAGGACACACAGUUCCUGCAAUACUGCAAGCAGUGCGAGGGCUUUAAGGCACCUCGUUCUCAUCAUUGUCGCAAAUGCAAUCGAUGCGUUAAAAAAAUGGAUCAUCAUUGUCCGUGGAUUAAUCACUGCGUUGGCUGGGCCAAUCAUGCGUAUUUUACUUAUUUCCUCCUCUUUUCCAUACUGGGCAGCCUUCAGGGUACUGUGGUGCUCAGUUGUUCAUUCUAUCGUGGAAUUUAUCGUUACUAUUAUUUGACACAUGGAUUGACACACUUGGCCAGUGUCCAAUUCACGUUAAUGAGCAUUAUCAUGUGCAUUUUGGGCAUGGGUCUAGCCAUUGGCGUGGUCAUUGGUCUGAGCAUGCUGCUCUACAUUCAGCUCAAGACGAUUGUGACGAACCAGACGGGUAUAGAGAUCUGGAUUGUGGAGAAAGCCCGCUAUCGACUUUAUCGCAAUGGCGAAAGCGAGGAUGAAUUUGUCUAUCCGUAUGAUCUCGGCUGGAAACUCAAUAUGCGUCAGGUAUUCGAUGAGGAUUGUCGAAGCCGCGGCGAUGGCAUUGAAUGGGCCGUGGCUAAGGGUUGUGAUCAAUUUACUUUAACUCGCGAACAACUCGCCCAAAAAGAGGAGAAACGAGCCCGCACCCGCACUUAUAAAUGCAUUGGCAAUGUCACUGGACGUUGGCUACCAAUUUGGUCGCAAGGCUGGCGUGUCUGUGUGGCUGCACCUUGCACAGAUGAGCCGCGUAUUCGCCUGCAACCCGAUGAUAUCAUUAAGGUAACGCGUUUCCGAAAGCAUUGGCUUUUUGGUGAGCGUGUGCCCACCGAGAAAGAAUUGGCCGAUGGGAAGAAACGUUUGCGGAAAGGUGCUAUUCGCGGUUGGUUUCCACGACGCAGUGUCAUCGAGAUCAACGAGGUGAUACAGGAUUGCCUGGACAGCAGUGGUGAACUAUCUCCGUCUCAGAAUGGACAUAGUCAGCUCAAGCAACAGCAGCGGAAUGGCCACUCAAAGAAAUAUAUGUGAUGACGGACAAGUUUGAUUUGAUAUAUAUCAUUUGGAACACAUGCCAUGGCAAUUGCUAAGAUUUUUCUGCAGCCAAUGUGAUGGCUAAGGAAGAUCAGCGCUUGUAAAUAAGUAUAAGUCACAGAAAAACGCCUGGUUAACUAAAGCUCGACUAGAGCUUCUUCACGCGAUUCCCCAGUUUCAGGUGUGCAGCCUUCUCCUUUACUUUGUUUACGCUGUUAACGAAUAAAGAUUAUUGAAAGUUUGACCAUAAA